AUGAAUGGUCUAAUAUUGACCCGUAGUUCCGCAUUAUUUCUAGACUUGAUUGGAAUUGAUGGCAAUACACUCAGUGGACGCGACGCAGACAGCGAUUCAGAUAAUAGUGACGUAGAAGACGAUGACGAGCAGAAUGCUGGUGAUGGUCAUAUCCCUGGACGAGGAACUUAUGAAACAUUUGAACAACUGUUUCCACACCUGGUGGAACAACCUAGCAAGCCUGAAUUCGUCCGUGUUUGGAGACACGUGCGUACAGAUGCGUUCCAUUUGAUGGAUUUGGUCACCAUUUCGAAAUGGCGUAUCACUGGGAGUUGUAUCUGGCAAGUCUUCCGUGAUGCUUUGUUUGAACAGAACAGGUAACCAUCGCCUACUUCUUAACAUCCUGAUCACAGUCACUUCUAUAUAUUCAUACACUCACUUGCCCACCUCGCCUUUACACCAGAAUCUAACGGUCACAUAUACACUUACAUAAAGUCGUUGUACACGUCCAC